GAUGUCUGUGUGGUUAAGUAUCGCAGAGCUCAGACCCCUACUGCAAGAUGACAUCGGAAGAAAUCUACCACCUGCCCCUCAACGUGUAUGUCAUCAUCCUGGGCAUUGGCCUCUUCAUCUUCAUGCUCAGCCUGAUCUUCUGCUGCUACAUGUUCAGGUGAGGCUUAGGGAAGAGUGGGGUAAAUUGAGCCAUUUUUUACAUUCAGUAUCACUCCGUCAAGGGAAAUAUAGUAUUCUUUCUAACAAAGAUAUCUACAUAUAUUUCAGGAUGUUGGGUAUCCCUGGAAAUAAUCAGAAUUCAUGUAAACAUGACAGUUUUGAAAACAUAGUUUGUCCAAAAAAGUGGUCUCUGGCCAAAACUUUACCAGGAUAUGGGGUAAGUUGAGUCACGGAACAGGGUAAGUUAAGCCGCCUACACAUUUCUGUACUAAAUUAAGUAUUACCACUAUCUUUCUAAAACCAUGUCUAUCUUUAUUUCCCUAGCACAAUUCAACACAAUCACAAUCGCUUUUUUGUCAUUUAAUCAUUUAAAUCAUAUUUUAACACAGGCUUAACACCUAACAAACACUUUUUAAAACACUUUUAACAUAGGCCAGACCCUGUUGUUACCUCAUAUCUCAGCGACAAUGCCUUGCAUUACGCCUGGAAAGAAAGCACUUCAAUUUGCUCAACUUGCCAUUGGCUCAACCAUUGGCUCAACUUACCCCAAGGCUAACAUUUUGACUAUAUUAGCCCACACAGCUACAAUAAUGCACUUUCAUGCGAGGUUUAGGACCUCAUAUGGAAGCUUAUAGAGACCCCAACUCAUGUAUAGAACAAUAUUAAAAGUAUCUACUUUGGUUUAGAUACAAGUAUCGUGAAACCUCUAACACAAGUACAAUUGAUAUAGUGAAAAUCUGUUUUUUGGACCUAACUUGCUUAGCACUUUUUCCAUGAGGUUUCUUCCUUCACAGAUUCAUUAAUAUUUGAUUGUAUACAAAUGUAAUCAAGGUUUGAAAUGAUUAUGUUUUAUUCAAAUAUUAUACUGAACAAAAAUAUAAACGCAACAUGUAAAGUGUUGGUCCCAUGUUUCAUGAGCUGAAAUAAAAGUUCCCAGAAAUGUUCCAUAUGCACAAAAGGCUUAUUUCUCUCAAAUUUGUUUACACCCCAGUUAGUGAACAUUUCUCCUUUGCCAAGAUAAUCCAUCCACCUGACAGGUGUGGCAUAUCAAGAAGCUGAUUAAACAGCAUGAUCAUUACACAGAUCAUUACACAGGGAUGUAGCUCAGUUGAUAGAGCAUGGCGUUUGCAAUGAUUCCCACAGGGGGUAUGACAUUUAAAAAAAAGUAUAAUGUAUGCACUAACUGUAAGUCGCUCUGGAUAAGAGCGUCUGCUAAAUGACUAAAAUGUCAAAUGUAAUGCUGGGGACAAUAAAGGCCACUCUAAAAUGUGCAGUUUUGUCACACAACACAAUGCCACAAAUGUCUAAAGUUUUGAAGGAGUGUGCAAUUGGCAUGCUGACUGCAGGAAUGUCCACCAGAGCUGUUGCCAGAUAAUUGGAUGUUCAUUUCUCUACCAAAAGCUACCUCCAACGUCGUUUUAGAGAAUUUGGCAGUAUGUCCAACCGGCCUCACAACCACAGACCACACCAGCCCAGGACCGUUGGUGCUGGGGAUUAUUUCUGUCUGUGAUAAAGGACUUUUGUGGGGGGAAAAAAUAUUUCUGAUUGUCUGGGCAUGGCUCCCCAGUGGGUGGGCAUGGCUCCCCAGUGGGUGGUCCUAUGCCCUCCCAGGCCCACCCACGGCUGUGCCCCUGCCCAGUCAUGUGAAAUCCAAAGAUUAGGCCCUAAUUUAUUUAUUUCAAUUGACUGAUUUCCUUAUAUAAACCGUAACUUGAAAUUGUUGCAUGUUGCAUUAAACAUUUUGUUCAGUAUACAUCUGUUUGGGGUUCUUGUGGUCAAUUUGAAGUCUACAAAUUAUUUGUAAUUAUAUUCCGGCCCCUGAACAUCCGCUCAAGAAAGAAAUCCUCCCUCGGCUGAAUCUAGUUGUUGAUCCCUGACCAAAGGGCCAUGUCAUUAAUCAGGGUCAAUGAGUUAUGGGCUUGGUACUCUCAUUAACCCAUAGUCAGCUAUAGCUUUCUUUAUAGACCAGGGCCCGAAAGCAUCUUAAGGCUAAGUUCAUCGUUAGAACCUUCGUAGGAGCAUCAUUAAAUCUCCGAGCUGUUUCCCAAAACCAUCGUUAUUAACGUUGCAUUUGAAAACACUCGUAAUCUAACGCCAGCCUCAGACUACUCGUAGGACAGAUCUCCGCUAAACAUAGAAUCACAUUGGUUAUCUGUCUCUCUGUAACCACCCAUAAAGUCAAAACAAAGUUGACAACAAAUACACAGCCUGGUCUCAUAGACUAGACGUAACAUAGUAAAUGUAAAUCCAGGACACUGAAAUUAGAAUGUUACGUUUGGUAUGGUUACAUAAGACAUAAGAUUACUUAAAGCAAAAACGAAAGGAGGGUGAUUGGUCGGAGUGGAUGGUUGGGCGUAUAACGUGAACGUCUACCAAAGGUUACAUGUUCGAAUCACAUCACGGACAACUUUAGAAUUUUAGCUAAUUAGCAACGUUGCAACUACUUACUACGUUUUAUCUACUUAGCAUGUUAACUAACCCUUUCCUUAACCCUGACCUUAACCCCUAGCCUAGCUAAUGUUAGCCAACCUAGCUAACAUUAGUGUUAGCCAGCUAGCUAACGUUAGCCUCAACAAAUAGGAAUUUGUAACAUAUCAUACGAAUUGUAAUACAUAAAAUAUCAUACGAAUUGCAAUUCGUAAAAUAUAAUUUGAAAUGGAUGAUGGACAUCCACAAAUUAAGACAUAUCAUACAAAACGUAACAUAUCAUACUAAAUGGAGGGAGACAGAUUUACUUUUACUAAGUUAUGUCUACCCCUGAGUCCAGGUUGAAAUACAAAGUUGCCAAUGUCUUUGCACUUGAUACAAACAGACAUAUAAAAAGAUGCUUCAAAUGAAAACUGAGAUGACUGCAUUCAAGUUCAAUACAUUUUGUUUUAUUUAGCUACUUGUAGGCUACUGUCUGUAAUAUUUCAUGAUGUGUAGCCUAACAUGUGCACAAUGAUGUGCCAAAUUGGUGAUUUAGUGCAUUUUUAUUGGGUAAGCAUUAGAAUAAGCCGCCUCAAUAUUUCAAAUAAAAUCAAAUACAAUUUUAUUUGUCACAUGCGCCGAAUACAACAGGUGUAGACCUUACAGUGAAAUGCUUACUUACAAGCCCUUAACCAACAAUGCAGUUUUAGCAUUACUGGGUGAUCUGAAAAGUCAUAGUCAAUAAAAACAUGUCAAUGUGUCAAUGUGCGAUAGCACCGGUUAGUCAAGGUAUUUCAGGGAAUAUAUACAGUGAGGGAAAAAAGUAUUUGAUCCCCUGCUGAUUUUGUAUGUUUGCCCACUGUCAAAGACAUGAUCAGUCUAUAAUUUUAAUGGUAGGUUUAUUUGAACAGUGAGAGACAGAAUAACAAAAAAAUCCAGAAAAACGCAUGUCAUAAAUGUUAUAAACCAAUCACCCUCCUCUCUAGGAACUGAUCCGUCAUCAAUAUUGUGAAAUAAUUUUUAUUUGAAGGUAAGAUUUGAUUUGAGAAAGCUGAUCCGAGAGCAGCACUGCCUUUCACAUGCUCCAACGACACACUUAGCGACUGUUCUCUCUGUGUGGUGUUUUGGGAAAUGCAUGUUACAUCUUCGGCCAUUGUAGGAAAGAUGCAUCUUUAAAAUACCAAUUUGUAAGUCGCUCUGAAUAAGAGCGUCUGCUAAAUGACGUAAAUGUACAUGUAAAUGUAAAAUACUUGUAAGCCAUCGCUAUCGGGAAACUGGGCCCACAACAUUGAGUUAUGUUUUUUGUCAAAGUUAGCUCAGCUGGCUGACCUAUUGAUCCUGCUUUGGAAAAUACAACCCUGAGGCAAUCAGUUGUACAAUAUGUUUAAAAGCUGCAAUUUGUAACUUUAUGCGCUCUUUCAUUGAAAGGAAGUCUAAGAAGUGGUAGAUCUGUUCUAUGUGCGUUAUUUCUAUGCUUCCCUUUCUUACGUUUUGUACACCAGCUUCAACAGUUGAAAAUACAAUAUUUUUGGUUAAGGAAAAUAUAUUUCACAGCAGUUUACAAUGAUUCUCUACACUAUACUUGCUUGUUUUGUCACAUAAACUGAAAUUAGGCAAACUAUUAGAAUUUUAGCAACCAGGAAAAUGGCGGAGCGAUUUCUGCAUAGUGCAUCUUUAAACAUCAAUGUGAUCAAUGCUAGGUGUUGAACAACCUCAUGACAUCAUCAGCUGCGAGCCUUUUGCUAAGACUGUGUUUACACCUGGAGCAAAAUGUGUUUUCUGGCCAAAUCUGAGGCGACUUCUUUUAGACUUUCUUGUUGUCGAGAUGUGGAACCAAAAUUACAUACUCAGAUCUGCUCCUGAUGAGAUGCUUUGCAGCUGUAGCACAGCCAAGUGUAGACACAUUGUCACUUGCAUUUGGCAUACUAUUCAUGGGUUGCAUGUUUCGUUACAAUAUUGUUUUGAACGCUCGUUUUGGACUGAUGCCCGACUGAGCAUUCUACUCAAUGCAUCAUCAAUGAGCACUGAUGAAGAUUUCAUCAAAAGUACAUUACAGUGUCAUGGAAAUACAAUGCAUUCAAAAGGAGGCAAAUUAUUUUAUUAUGAUAUUGAUGUCGCCAGAUUGACUUUAGAUGCAGUAUAACGUUAGCUAACCAGCUAAGAUUGAGGCCACCAGAUUUUUUAUGAUCUUUGCUAGCUAAUGACAACAUUGCCAUCUGUCUAAAGUAAAUUUGACGGCAUGAUAAUGCUGGCAACGUUGUUUCCUACUAAAUAUUUGAAUACUUUAGCAAUGUCAUCAUAUUUCCAGGCACUAUAGUGUAAUUUAGAUGAAACAAACAAAUAUAUAUAUAUAUAUAUAUAUAUAAAUACAAUAUAAUAAACAAAUAAAUCCAAAAACCAUCCCACUCCUUCAGUCACAUUCAAAUCACAUCCCUACACAGGCUCAGGUGCCUGUGAGGACGGGGCACUCAUCGACAGGAUUCCUUGUAAUGCCUCUGCAGAAAAGUCCCUGAGUCCCAAAAAACGGUCAACAAUUAUGCCUAUUUUCUCAGAUUUCCUCUCCUUUUGCGCUGUGCAGUUGAUAACCAAAGUAAUAUGGGCCCUUGUAGCUCAGUUGGUAGAGCAUGGCACUUGCAAUGCCAGGGUUGUGGGUUCGUUUCCCACGGGGGGCCAGUAUGAAAAGAUUUAUGCACUCACUAUCUGUAAGUCGCUCUGGAUAAGAGCGUCUGCUAAAUGACUAAAAUGUCAAAUGUAAAUGUAAUAAAUGCUACAAAGUCCACCUUCCUAACAUGCAACAUGUCAGGAUCCCUCUGAUGACUAAUAAUAAGAACAUAAUCUUGUGUCUCUACUCCUACUUCCACAACUUCACUCCUUUCUUCCACUCUUCUCAAUGCAUCCGAAUAGGAGACAUUCUAGACAGCCCUUAUUCUUGCCACCUCCAUCUCUUUCACCUAACAGGACACUUCAGAAAUUCGGGUGAAUGUUCAGCACCACAAUUGCAGCAUUUAGGCUCAGCUGACAUAUAAUACUCUUCCCGUCUACAUACACUUGACACAUGACCAAAUAAUUUACAUUUAUCACACUGCAUGGGUUUGGGCACAAAGGCUCUCACAGGGAAUCUCAUAUAACCUAAAUACACGUGAGAAGGGAGAGACUCUUCAUCAAAAAACAAUAUAAUGGAUGGAGUGGGCUUCCACACUUCAUCUACCAUGCGGGUCAGUCGUUGUGCACCAACCACUUGAUCCAAUUCUUCACGUACACUACCGUUCAAAAGUUUGGGGUCACUUAGAAAUGUCCUUGUUUUCGAAAGAAAAGCAAAUUUUUUGUCCAUUAAAAUAACAUCAAAUUGAUCAGAAAUACAGUGUAUACAUUGUUAAUGUUGUAAAUGGCUAUUGUAGCUGGAAACGGCUGAUUUUUAAUGGAAUAUCUACAUAGGCAUACAGAGACCCAUUAUCAGCAACCAUCAGUCCUGUGUUCCAAUGGCACGUUGUGUUUGCUAAUCCAAGUUUAUCAUUUUAAAAGGCUAAUUGAUCAUUAGAAAACACUUUUGCAAUUAUCUUAGCACAGCUGAAAACUGUUGUGCUGAUUAAAGAAGCAAUAAAACUGGCCCUCUUGAGACCAGUUGAGUAUCUGGAGCAUCAGCAAUUAUGGGUUCAAUUACAGGAUCAAAAUGACCAGAAACAAAUAACUUUCUUCUGAAACUCGUCAGUCUAUUCUUGUUCGGAGAAAUGAAGGCUAUUCCAUGCGAGAAAUUGCCAAAAAACUGAAGAUCUCAUACAAUACUGUGUACUACUCCCUUCACAGAACAGCACAAACUGGCUCUAACCAGAAUAGAAAGAGGAGUGGGAGGCCCCGGUGCACAACUGAGCAAGACAAAUACAUUGGAAUUUCUAGUUUGAGAAACAGACGCCUCACAGGUCCUCAACUGGCAGCUUCAUUAAAUAGUACCCGCAAAACACCAGUCUCAACGUCAACAGUGAAGAGGCGACUCCGGGAUGCUGACCUUCUAGGCAGAGUUGCAAAGAAAAGCCAUAUCUCAGACUGGCCAAUAAAAAGAAAAGAUUAAGGUGGGCAAAAGAACACAGACACUGGACAGAGGAAGAUUGGAAAAAAGUGUUAUGGACAGACGAAUCGAAGUUUGAGGUGUUCGGAUCACAAAGAAGAACAUUUGUGAGACGCAGACCAACUGGAAAGAUGCUGGAGGAGUGCUGUGCAAGAACUAUUUAGGGAAGAAGCAGUCAGCUGGUAUUCUGUCUAUAAUGGAGUGGCCAGCACAGUCACUGGAUCUCAACCCUAUUGAGAUGUUGUGGGAGCAGCUAUGGUACGUAAAAAGUGCCAAUCAAGCCAAUCCAACUUGUGGGAGGUGCUUCAGGAAGCAUGGGGUGAAAUCUCUUCAGAUUACCUCAACAAAUUGAAUGGCAAAGUUCUGCAAGGCUGUAAUUGCUGCAAAUGGAGAAUUAUUUGACGAAAGCAAAGUUUGAAGGACACAAUUAUUAUUUCUACUAAAAAUCAUUAUUUCUAACCUUGUCAAUGAGUACAUUUCCUAUGCAUUUUGCUACAGUUGAAGUCGGAAGUUUACAUACACCUUAGCAAAAUACAUUUAAACUCAGUGUUUCACAAUUCCUGACAUUAAAUCCUAGUAAAAAUUCCCUGUCUUAGGUCAGUUAGGAAUCACCACUUUAUUUUAAGAAUGUGAAAUGUCAGAAUAAUAGUAGAGAGAAUGAUUUAGUUCAGCUUUUAUUUCUUUCAUCACAUUCUCAGUGGGUCAGAAGUUUACAUACACUCAAUUAGUAUUUGGUAGCAUUGCCUUUAAAUUGUUUAACUUGGGUCAAACGUUUCAGGUAGCCUUCCACAAGCUUCCCACAAUAAGUUGGGUGAAUUUUGGCCCAUUCCUUCAGACAGAGCUGGUGUAACUGAGUCAGGUUGGUAGGCCUCCUUGCUCGCACAUGCUUUUUCAGUUCUGCACACACAUGUUCUAUAGGAUUGAGGUCAGGGCUUUGUGAUGGCCACUCCAAUACCUUGACUUUGUUGUCCUUAAGCCAUUUUGCCACAACUUUGGAAGUAUGCUUGGGGUCAUUGUCCAUUUGGAAGACCCAUUUGCGAUCAAGCUUUAACUUCCUGACUGAUGUCUUGAGAUGUUGCUUCAAUAUAUCCACAUAAUUUUCCUUCCUCAUGAUGCCAUCUAUUUUGUGAUGUGCACCAGUCCCUCCUGCAGCAAAGCACCCCCACAGCAUGAUGCUGCCACCCCCAUGCUUCACGGUUGGGAUGCUGUUCUUCGGCUUGCAAGCCUGCCCCUUUUUCCUCCAAACAUAACAAUGGUCAUUAUGGCCAAACAGUUCUAAUUUUGUUUCAUCAGACCAGAGGACAUUUCUCCAAAAAGUACGAUCUUUGUCCCCAUGUGCAGUUGCAAACCGUAGUCUGGCUUUUUAAUGGCGGUUUUGGAGCAGUGGCUUCUUCCUUGCUGAGCGGCCUUUCAGGUUAUGUCGAUAUAGGACUCGUUUUACUGUGGAUAUAAAUACAUUUUUGUACCUGUUUCCUCCAGCAUCUUCACAAGGUACUUUGCUGUUGUUCUGGGAUUGAUUUGCACUUUUCGCACCAAAGUACGUUCAUCUCUAGGAGACAGAACGCGUCUCCUUCCUGAGCGGUAUGACGGCUGCAUGGUCCCAUGGUGUUUAUACUUGCGUACUAUUGUUUGUACAGAUGAACGUGGUUUUAUAAUUGCUCCCAAGGAUGAACCAGACUUGUGGAGGUCUACCAUUUUUUUACUGAGAUCUUGGAUAAUUUAUUUUGAUUUUCCCAUGAUGUCAAGCAAAGAGGCACUGAGUUUGAAGGUAGGCCUUGAAAUACAUCCACAGGUACACCUUCAAUUGACUCAAAUGAUGUCAAUUAGCCUAUCAGAAGCUUCUAAAGCCGUGACAUCAUUUUCUGGAAUUUUCCAAGCUGUUUAAAGUCAACUUAGUGUAUGUAAACUCCUGACCCACUGGAAUUGUGAUUCAGUGAAUUAUAAGUCAAAUAAUCUGUCUGUAAACAAUUGUUGGAAACAUUACUUGUGUCAUGCACAAAGUAGAUGUCCUAACCGACUUGCCAAAACAAUAGUUUGUUAACAAGAAAUUUGUGGAGUGGUUGAAAAACGAGUUUUAAUGACUCCGACCUAAGUUUAUAUAAACUUCCGACUUCAACUGUAUAUUUCCUAUUCAAAUUCAUUUAAUGUAUGUUUUCAUGGAAAUCAAGGAAAUUUCGAAGUGACCCCAAACUUUUGAACGGUAGUGUAUAUCCUUUGCAUUUACUUCUAGUGCCACCCCAGAGAUAACACCCUUGAUAGGUGCCCUGCUUCGAAGAUCCAGAAACACGACACAUUGCAAUCCGACAUCUUCUUGAGGUUCCUUCAGUUCCAUAGAAAACACACAAAAAAACACACAAAAAACACUUCUCGUUAUUCUCAUCGACGGCACCUCAUCCAACGCAUCCCCAAUUUUAACAGAGACUUCAAACGGAUCUCCCAGGUAACAACAUUGAUCCAAAACCCUUAUUCCAACCAAAAAAGACUCAGACCUAGGUUUGGAUUUACUAAUUUCCACUACCACUUUACUUCUCGUUUCCUUUUGCAUUCGCCACUGUAAUCCAAUUAUUCUCACUCUCAUCUCCACUCGACAAGCCAUCUGAUUCAAACAGAACAUCCGCUUCCAUGACUGUGCUUAUCACCACUUUAGGGUACCAUUAUGGCGCCGCCGGUAGAGGGCGGCUUGAGAACAUUCAUAACAAUGGCAUGACGCGACCAAAGUGACGGAGGUGCAACCUAAUGAAUAGCGGUCUCCAUGACGACACAUCAAGCAUGUUGGGACAUAUGAUCAAAAGUAAUGGGAAAAGCUUUCAUAACAGAUCAAUGUAAUAUGGAAUUAUGAAAUGUAAAUUAUAAACAGAUCGUGUGGAUAUCAGUCAAUAUGCCUUUUUAUAUAAUUAUGUUUCAGGUUAAGGCGACAAGGCACAAGGGAGCAAUAUGGAUAUAAUGAGGUAAUUUCAUCUUGCAUUAAUAAAACAUUUGUAGUGUAAGACAUACAGACAGUAGAAAGAUCUCUCAAACAUGGUACAUUUCUCAAUUGAUGAGAAUGACUUUGAUCUGUUUCUUCUUGAUAUCUUUGGAUUGCCAGUUGUUGUUUCGAAAAUCGAUCUCUGUUAUAUUAAUUAAAAAAGGUGUUAUUUUGUUGCGCUUUUAUUGUAGAAAAUAAUUCCCUCUGUCAUAAAUUAAUCUUUGUCUCUAGGUGGUUUUGAAAGGAGCAGGAAAUAAACUGAGUCUUCUUGGAGUAAGUUCAUUUUGUUGUUCCAUGACUUUGCAAACUGUUUUUGCAGGGGAGUAGAAUUUAGGCCUCAGCAUCAGAGGGUUAGGGUGGGGAUUGAGAGUUUGUUUUUUGAAGGAUAGUGUUAACGUGAUUUCUUUCCCAUCCUACAGCAGACCUGUGCCGUGUGCUUAGAAGAGUUCAAAAGCAGAGAUGAGCUUGGAGUGUGUCCCUGCUCACAUGCCUUUCACAAGAAGUAAGGCCCCUCCCACAGUCCUGGCUUUGAUGGCGUGAAGUGAAAAGCUGAAGGCAUACCCAGGGAAGAAGAGAUCAAAAGCAAUGAAACAAACAUUUUAAUUUAAAAAACAGAGACAAAAAUAUUGACAAAGCCCUCCAGGUCUAGUGUGAAAGUGACAGGCAUUUACUGUCUGUGUGACUUUCAGUCAUUUGACUAAAUGCACCUGUUUACCCCUAAGGCAAGACCCCUAUGACAUUGUUUGCAGACUGUUAGCUUGAGAUAAUAGACUACCAUCUCGCUCCCUGGGCAAGGGUAGAAUAGUAUAACGACCUCUCCCACAGGAUACAGUACCAGUCAAAAGUUUGGACACACCUACUCAUUUAGGGGUUUUACUUUAUUUUGACUAUUUUCUACAUUGUAGAAUAAUAGUGAAGACAUCAAAACUAUGAAAUAAAACAUAUGGAAUCAUGUAGUAACCAAAAAAGUGUUAAACAAAUCCAAAUAUAUUUUAUAUUUGAGAUUCAUCAAAUAGCCACCCUUUGCCUUGAUGACAGCUUUGCACACUCUUGACAUUCUCUCAACCAGCUUCACCUUGAAUGUUUUCCAACAGUCUUGAAGGAGUUCCCACAUAUGCUGAGCACUUGUUGGCUGCUUUUCCUUCACUCUGCCGUCUGACUCAUCCCAAACCAUCUCAAUUGGGUUGAGGUCGGGGGAUUGUGGAGGCCAGGUCAUCUGAUGCAGCACUCCAUCACUCUCCUUCUUGGUAAAAUAGCCCUUACACAGCCUGGAGGUGUGUUUGGUCAUUGUUCUGUUGAAAAAAAAUAUAUAGUCCCACUAAGCCCAAACCAGAUGGGAUGGCGUAUCGCUGCAGAAUGCUGUGGUAGCCUUGCUGGUUAAGUGUGCCUUGAAUUCUAAAUAAAUCACAGACAGUGUCACCAGCAAAGCACCCUUACACAAUAGGACACAUUUCUACCGGUCUAAUGUCCAUUGCUUGUGUUUCUUGGCCCAAGCAAGUCUCUUCUUCUUACUGGUGUCCUUUAGUAGUGGUUUCUUUGCAGCAAUUCAACCAUGAAGGCCUGAUUCACACAGUCCCCUCUGAACAGUUGAUGUCGAGAUGUGUCUGUGACUUGAACUCUCUGAAGCAUUUGUUUGAGCUGCAAUUUCUGAGGCUGGUAACUCUAAUGAACUUAUCCUCUGCAGCAGAGGUAACUCUGGGUCUUUCAUUCCUGUGGCGAUCCUCAUGAGAGACAGUUUCAUCAUAGCGCUUUAUGGUUUUUGCGACUGCACUUGAUGAAACUUUCAAAGUUCUUGACAUUUUCCGGAUUGACUGACCUUAAUGUCUUAAAGUAAUGAUGGACUGUCGUUCCUCUUUGCUUAUUUGAGCUGUUCUUGCCAUAAUAAGGACUUGGUCUUUUACCAAAUAGGGCUAUCUUCUGUAUACCCCCACUACCUUGUCACAACACAACUGAUUGGCUCAAACGCAUUAAGAAGGAAAGAAAUUCCACAAAUUAACUUUUAACAAGGCACACCUGUUAAUUGAAAUGCAUUCCAGGUGACUACCUCAUGAAGCUGUUUGAGAGAAUGCCAAGAGUGUGCAAAGCUGUAAUCAAGGCAAAGGGUGGCUAUUUGAAGAAUCUCAAAUAUAAAAUAUAUUUUGAUUCGUUUAACAUUUUUAUUUGGUUACUACAUGAUUCCAUAUGUGUUAUUUCAUAGUUUUGAUGUCUUCACUAUUAUUCUACAAUGCAAAAAAUAGUAGAAAUAAAGAAAAACCCUUGAAUGAGUAGGUGUGUCCAAACUUUUGACUGGUAGUGUAUGUUUUGCAUGUUAGUAGCCAACGGGCUUACAGUGCAUUCGGAAAGUAUUCAGACCCCUUGGACUUUUUCUACAUUUUGUUACGUUACAGCCUUGUUCUAAAAUGGAUCAAAUAAAAUACAAUUCCCAUCAAUGUACACACAAUACCCCAUAAUGACAAAGUGAAAAUAGUUUUUUUUUUUUUAUUUUGCAAAUGUAUAUAAUAAAACUGAAAUACCUUAUUUACAUAAGUAUUCAGACCCUUUGCUAUGAGACUCGAAAUUGAGCUCAGGUGCUUCCUGUUUCCAUUUAUCAUCCUUGAGAUGUUUCUACAACUUGAAUGGAGUCCACCUGUGGUAAAUUCAAUUGAUUGGACAUGAUUUGGAAAGGCACACACCUGUCUAUAUAAGGUUGCACAGUUGAUAGUGCAUGUCAGAGCAAAAACCAAGCCAUGAGGUUGAAGGAAUUGUCUGUAGAGCUCUGAGACAGGAUUGUGUCGAGGCACAGAUCUGGGGAAGGGUACCAAAACAUUUAUGCAGCAUUGAAGGUCCCCAAGAACACAGUGGCCUCCAUCAUUCUUAAUUUGAAGAAGUUUGGAACCACCAAGACUCUUCCUAGACCUGGCCGCCCGGCCAAACUGUGCAAUCGGGGGAGCAGGGCCUUGGUCAGGGAGGUGACCAAGAACCCGAUGGUCACUCUGACAGAGCUCCAGAGUUCCUCUGUGGAGAUGGGAGAACCUUCCAGAAGGACAACCAUCUCUGCAGCACUCCACCAAUCAGGCCUUUAUGGUAGAGUGGCCAGACGGAAGCCACUCCUCAGUAAAAGGCACAUGACAGCCUGCUUGGAGUUUGCCAAAAGGCACCUAAAGGACUCUCAGACCAUGAGAAACAAGAUUCUCUGGUCUAAUGAAACCAAGAUUGAACUCGUUGGCUUGAAUGCCAAGCGUCACGUCUGGAGGAAAUCUGGCACCAUCCCUACGGUGAAGCAUGGUGGUGGCAGCAUCAUGCUGUGGGGUUGUUUUUCAGCGGCAGGGACUAGGAGACUAGUCAGGAUCGAGGGAAAGGAUCUGCAGAGAAGAAUGGGAGAAACUCCCCAAAUACAGGUGUGCCAAGCUUGUAGCGUCAUACACAAGAAGACUGGAGGCUGUAAUCACUGCCAAAGGUGCUUCAACAAAGUACUGAGUAAAGGGUCUGAAUACUUAUGUAAAUGUGAUCUAUUUUUUAUACAUUUGCCAAAAAAAAUCUAAACCUGUUUUUGCUUUGUCGUUAUGGGGUAUUGUGUGUAGAUUGAUGAAGAAAAAAAACUAUUUCAUCCAUUUUAGAAUAAGGCUGUAACGUAACAAAAUGUUAGGAAAGUCAAGGGGUCUGAAUACUUACCGCUCUCUCUGUAUGUCUUUCUAUCUCUCGCUCGCUCGCUCUGUCUGUCUGUCGCUAUCUUUCACACUUUCUCCCUCUCUCCCUCUCUGUCUCUUUUUCUCCCCCCCCUCAUUAUCUCUCCUUUUCUUCUCAAUUUCUUUCUGUAAUAUAAUAUGUUCCCCUCUCUACCCCUACGCAGGUGUCUGUUAAAAUGGCUGGAGAUCCGCAGUGUCUGCCCCAUGUGCAACAAACCCAUCUGCCGUUUGCAGCCAGACCCCCCACAGGGCGCAGAGGGGCCCCCAAGCCCAAUGGAGGUG